AUGCUGAAGGAAUCCCAUGAACUUCAAGACCAAGCUGCACUUGAAGGGCUGCAGUGGCUUGCAGCGAUGCAGGCAGGUAUGGUGGAAGCAGAAGAACUCACCCAUAUGAAAAAACUGAAGCCAGUGAAGCCCUGUGCCUGCCCUGUCACAAAGCAGACAGCUCCUGCCCUUCCCACAAAUAAGAAGGUCCUGGCAGCAGGAAAUGCUGGAGAAAACAGUCAGGAUGACAAUAACAGCAAUAACAACUACGACAGAAUUAAGCACAAGCCAAAGACUCAAAAGCAUGGCAAGAUCUCACUGAAGGAUGCAAUCAACAAUGCACAAAGUUCAGUGCCAGCAGUCAAGUCAGCAUGUGUCAAAGACAAGAAAGGAAAGUCUGCUGCAAUGCCACUAAGCAGUGCAUAUACCAGCACCCAGGCUACAUCUGUAUCGAGUACCAAGACCUGCAGCAAAUCUAAAGUCCUCCCUGCUCCAGCUAAUAAAAUUAUUACCGCAGUUCUUACUGGCAGCUCUGCUGAUGACACUUUGGAUGAUUCCCAGGAACACCUUGACACAAUCACUUCAAAAACGAAGGGGAAGAAGUCUUUCAUUAAGAUUACUACCGAACCAAAGACCAAUGAUGUGAUGGUAGGCUCAAAGGGGAAGUCUGUGGAAACUGACCUCAAUGCACCAAUGGACACAGAGGUUGCUGCUUCCUCUGACAUGGAGGGAGACCCUGAGGAUGACAAUCCAACAGAUGUGGAGGGAGACCUUGAGGACAACAAUCCAAUGGAUGUGGAGGAUAACUUGCUCCAGGGCAAAGAUGCCAACAUGCCUAACAGUGACAGUAGCAAUGAUCUAUUAACCUAUUGUCCGAUUAAGAAGUGCAAGCUUGUGUCUGCCAAACCUCACAACACAGUCUUGGUGGACAUGUUGUCCUCAUCCAAGGAACCUGAUGCUCUGCCUAUAGAUGUUAUUGAAAAUAUCGCAAAGAGGGUCAUGCAGUUAACAUCCUCAACCACUGUCACUGUCUCCAAGGCAGCUGUCACAGAGAAGCCAUCUGCAAAGAAGGUGAAGACUGAAGAUGGUGCCAAUGACAAUACAAAAUCCAUGCUCAUCCCAUUGCCUGGUUACUGGAUUGAGAAGCAAUACAAGUCGCACUCAACCUACCAGAACUGUGAUCUCCCUCCUCAAUGUCAAGAUCAAUGGUGGCCAAAGCAUUUCCUCCUGACCAUUUACUUGUGGGCUGGGAGUCAAGAUGAUCUCUGGCAGUUUAUGGAUGCUCCUCUCAUUGACACACUUCAAUGCAUUUUUGAUGUUGUGUAUCCAGAUCUCAGGUAUAAGGUAACUGCUCAAGGGUCUGUUUUCAGUGUUGCCACCCAGCGUCUAGCGGAGUGGCACAGCAACUUCAGAUCUAUGGGACUUGCAAUCAUGAUCGACUUCUUUGCUUGA